UGAUUGGCUGCGGCGGCGCGGCGGCGGCGGCGCCUUUAAGGGAGCGGAGCGGCGGCGGGCCCGUGGCGGUGCCGAGGAGCGGGGCCCGGCCCGGGGCUGCGGGGCACAGCAGCGCCGGCACAGCGCUGCCCCGUCCUCUUGCAGGAGCGUCGAGCCCGGGGAGCUGAUCCCCAUCCAGGCGGAUGAAUGGCGUCGGCGGACGACCUCAAAUUCCAGGAAUUUGAUGAUGCAGCUAAUUUGCUUGCAGCAAAUCCUGAUGCCACCACCAUAAGCAUCGAUGAGCCAGUCGAAAUCCCCAAGAAUCAGCACAGCCACCUGCCAGAGCCAGGGAGGGAGGAGGAUGAUGAGUUACUGGGCACUGAUGACUCCGAUAAAACAGAGCUGCUUGCAGGACAGAAGAAAAGUGCCCCUUUCUGGACUUUUGAGUACUACCAGACCUUCUUCGAUGUGGACACAUACCAGGUCCUGGACAGAAUCAAAGGGUCAGUGUUCCCAGUGCCUGGGAAGAACUUUGUAAGGCUGUACAUCCGCAGCAAUCCUGACCUUUAUGGUCCAUUUUGGAUAUGUGCUACACUCGUGUUCACCAUUGCUGUUAGUGGCAAUCUCUCAAAUUUCUUUAUCCAUCUGGGAAAACCAACGUACCACUACGUGCCUGAGUUUAGAAAAGUGUCCAUAGCAGCUACAACAAUUUAUGCAUACGCUUGGCUUGUUCCUCUUGCUCUCUGGGGAUUCCUGAUGUGGAGGAACAGUAAAGUCAUGAACAUUGUCUCCUACUCGUUCCUGGAGAUAGUGUGUGUGUAUGGCUACUCCCUCUUCGUCUACAUUCCCACAGCGAUCUUGUGGAUCAUCCCCCAGAAGGUGGUGCGCUGGGUGCUGGUGGUGUUCUCGCUGUGCCUCUCGGGCUCCGUGCUGGUGAUGACCUUCUGGCCCGCGGUGCGCGACGACAGCCGCCGCGUCGCGGUGGCCACCGUGGCCACCAUCCUGCUGCUGCACGCCCUGCUGGCUGUUGGGUGUUUGGCAUACUUUUUUGAUGCCCCUGAACUGGAUUUUCCUGCACCUAUUGUCCCUGCUCACAAUGGAACAACAGUAGUAACAAAGAGUCACUAAAUAAGAUGGCAGCACCAUCUCCAUCUAUACAGUAGUUCUACUUUAGAUUAUUUUUUCACUGAAGACCCUGGAAACGUCAAGGACACGGGAUGCGUUUUGAGCAGGACAGACAGUGGUGUCCCAUGGACAUCUCCAUGCUCCAGGAGGAGAGUGAACCAUCGAUCCCAGUCUGGAACAGAAAGGGGUUGUUUUUGUUUGUUUGGGAUUACUUUAU